UUAGGGCCCCUUCUCAUAUUCCUUCUAAUCCAGACAAGCCAGGCGGAAUCAUGUGAGUCUAGCUGCAUGAGGGGUUCAGGUACUUCUCGCUAUUUUUCAGCCUUUACUUAUAUGCCUGCAACCUGCUACCGGGGAAAGGAACCGACAACCUGUACGUAUGACCAGAAAACCUAUUGGGUCUCUGACCUUGUGACAGCCAAACGAGGUAUUGCCCCUUGCAACAUCUACCCCAGGUCUGGAAAAGUUUGCUGGACCUAUCUGGGUCAUGUCGGCCUCUCCGAUGGGGGGGGGGUCCAGGACCAGGCUAGCCGCAAGCACAUUAAAACAGCGGUCAUUGACCUGACUAAACGACUCCCACCCCCCAACAACCUGGUCUAUAAGGGCAUUAAUCUCGGUAGCAUCCAAAAAUCCCCUGCCACUGAACAACUGACAGUGGCCCUCCUAAACUCUAGUUACAACCUAUGGCGAAAUGUGUCGAAAAACGGUGACAGCGACUGCUGGAUCUGUUUCCCUUUUUCAACACGUUCUAACAUUGUAGGGAUACCCCUCCCUAUGGAAUGGCCACUCCCCAACUCCACGACCGCAAAUAGUACGGUUCAUAUUGGCCCCAUUGGGGAAAACAUACCUAUUAUUAAUGUGUCCUCCCCCCUUACCACCACAGCUGCCAACAUUACUAACUCCUCUCUCCCGUAUUGUACUCCCUCGGGAAUAUUUCUCUCAUGCCCUCAGGGAAUCUAUCGCUGCCUGACCACUAAUGACUCUCUGGGCUGUAUAUUCAUCCUACUAUCUCCUUCUACCACCAUUUACUCUGAAUCCCAGCUGCUGUCCAUCCUAUUCCCCCAACACCGUGGAGAAAGGGCCGUCUUCCUCCCAUUCAUAAUAGGGGCAGGAGUAGCCAUAGGGGUGGCAACUGGAACAGCAGGGAUAGGGACUUCCAUAGACUUUUAUUACAAACUCUCCCAGGCCCUGAAUGAUGAUAUGGAACGGGUUGCUGACUCCCUCACAGCCCUACAGACGCAAGUCACCAGCCUGGCAUCCUUAGCUCUACAGAACCGACGGGCCUUAGACCUUCUGACCGCCGAAAAAGGGGGGACCUGCCUAUUCUUAAAUGAAGAAUGUUGUUACUUUGUUAACCAAUCAGGUAUAGUUACUUCCAAGAUCAAAGAACUCAGGGAUCGGAUCCAAGCACGGCGGCGAGACACGUCCUCCUGGGGCCUGGACCCCUACAACUGGGGUCGCCUACAAGAACUUGCCCGAGUGUCUGUCAAUCAACUCCUCCUCCAGCCCUACUCUCCCCUGCCCACUUCCGACUACCCCUAUGACGACGCCCCCUGUCAGCAGGAAGUAGCCAGAACCGAGUCGACGCCCCUGACACCAUUAUAUUAAGCAAAAGGUCGGAAUGUUGGGCUGGCAGGAAGGGCUACU